GCGGGAUUUAAUGUUCUGAGUUUCCGGUUUAAAAUUAUUGGUAGAAUGUCACAUUGAACAGUAAAUCAUUGACAGCACACGCUGAAAAGUACAGAAGUGUGGAUAUGGCUGAAAAGGCUGACCCCUUUGUCAUUCUGAAUCAUAAUGUAUGGGGAAACUCUUCAAAUCACCCAGGGUCUGAACAGGAUUGUCAUCAUCAUGUUAACUUGGAUAACCAAACUGUAGCUGAUGAGUCAGAAAGAAUAUAUAUGGAUUACAAUGCCACCACUCCAGUCGAUCCAGAUGUUGUUAGAGCUGUCACCGAAGCUUUAACUGAUGCGUGGGGAAAUCCCAGCAGUAAUUACUUGCCAGGUCUGAAAGCAAGAGACGCUGUUUACCAUUCUAGAGACACCGUUGCAAGGAUGGUCGGUGGCAAAGCAUCGGACAUUAUAUUUACAUCAGGAGGAACUGAGGCCAAUAAUUUGGUGUUUCACACAGCAGUGGAGCACUUCGGGAAAUGUAUGAAUUCUUCAGGGGGAAACGCAAACAUCCAGAAGCUGAAUAGAAGAGGGUCCCUCCCCCAUAUCAUCACUUCAAAUGUGGAGCAUGACUCCAUCAAGAUCACAGCUGAAUACUUGUUAAAAGAUGGCAAAGCAGAUGUCACGUUUGUGCCCAUUUCCAAGGUGACUGCACGGGUGGAGGUAGAGGAUGUCAUUGCAGCGAUUCGUCCCACCACAUGCUUGGUGUCAGUUAUGCUGGCCAACAAUGAGACGGGCAUCAUUAUGCCAAUUAAAGACAUUUGUCAGAGGGUUAAGGAGAUAAACAAACAGAGGGCUGUGUCAACUCCCACAAUCUUCCUGCACACUGAUGCAGCCCAGGCUAUUGGAAAGAUAAGAGUGAAUGCACAAGAUCUGGGAGUGGACUACAUUACGAUUGUAGGGCACAAGUUUUAUGGCCCUCGAAUCGGGGCUUUGUUUGUGAAUGAUCCUGGAACCAAAACCCCUGUGUACCCACUACUUUUUGGAGGAGGACAAGAGCGCAAUUUCAGACCAGGAACUGAAAACACAGCAAUGAUAGCUGGGCUUGGAAAGGCUGCAGAAUUAGUAAGCUUAAAUCUAGAUGCAUACAAAGCCCAUUUAUUGGAUAUUAGAUGCUACCUGGAACAGAAGCUUAUAGCUGUUUUUGGAGAGGAUAGGCUUAAUUUUAACAGCCGUUUUCCUGGCUCAGACGUUUUACCCAACACUUGUAAUGUGUCCAUCCUGGGAAGAGGACUGGAGGGUCUGUUAUGUGAACAGGGUUUUACGGCCCUGUGCCAGAUCUCCGGGUUCAACAUUUGGCUGUGAAAAGAUUGUUCUUCCUUAAAAAAACUUAUAGAUAUCAGGUUUGAGUUCAAAAGUUGAAAGAAACCUAGCUAUCACUUGCAACCAAACUAACAUUACUAGCCAAUUUUAAUUACAAUGAGGCAGUUCUUUGAAAAUGUACGGUUCAGAUCCAGCUGCAACUGAGUGCUAAGCAGCAUAGUCUGCCGGAUAGAGUGUAAGUUUAUCCUAGAUCCAAACUCCCCACUUUCAGUAAAAACUCACCUUUGGGCAAUCAAAAGGGGUCACCUUACCCCUACUUGCUCCCCGGGCGCUGCAGUGAUAGCUGCCCACUGCUCUGGGUGUACGUGUGUUCACGACUUGCUGGACGAACAAACUACCAGCGAAUCAACGAGGAAAAACCCCUUUCAACAAAGAAUCCCACAGAAAGGAAGCCUCAUUGAAGAAAACACAACAAAGUCGAGUAAAGCCUUCAUAUUCUGUAGCUGAACUGGUGUAUAUUUAAUAAACUUACAAUUAUUUAAAACCUGCGUUAUUUGCCGGAACAACAACCCUCAUGUUCAUGCGCUGCCGAGAGAUAAUGGAAGUUAGACAUUAGCAUUAAUAUCGUUGUCAAUAUGGAUAUUUCUUUUAUAAAACCGCAUCAGACCGCUUCAGAAGACGUUUAUUUAACCGGAUGUAGACAUGUCGAGCAGUUCUUUUACCGAUGGAUGCACUUUUGGCCACUCUGCAUCUCAUGGUCACCUGCAUCUCAUUCCGGAGACAGGUACUUUGAGACCGUAAUGGAAAACUUUUGCAGAAAAUUUUGCUGUGCACGAGAGAUAUUUUGCUUGUGCAAGGUUACAUUUUCCCAGGCCGGCUCCACGGAAUCAGUAGCUUGGCCCACCCAGGCCCCAAUGCCCCACGCCAAAUAAUUGAUUUGAACAUUUCAGCCAAAACAUUUUAGAGAGUAGCAAUUUUUUUUCUUUUUAUAACUAAAUACUUCUACAUUACAACGGUAAUAUUUGAAACAUUAAUCCCCUUACAUGAUUUAAUGAUAAAGAGUUUGUGUAACACUUAAGCCUGUGUUCCCCAUGUGUUUUGCCUUGUUCAUUGUUUUCACCUGUCCCUCGUCAUUGUUAAUUAGUUCCGCACCUGAUUCUGUUUUCCCUGAGUGUUUUCCCCGUGGAUUUAAGCCCUGUGUGUUUCUUAGGUCUUUGUCGAGUAUUGUAUUGUAAACCCGGUUGUGUAUCCCAUGUUCUCCUGUUCCCGUGUCUGUUAUCAUUAAACCCCUUGGACUAUA